UCUUCUUUUCUGGUUGUAUGCAUUAACAAUACCUUUUCAUUUUAUUUCAAUUUCCUUUCCGAAAUUUCAAAAUCAUGGAGAUAGAUUUUCUGGGCCUGAAUUCCUCCAAGUACAAAUUGGAGCAAGCAAAUCUCAAGAAUCCAUACUUAGAUUCCGCUAGAGGAGUUGAAACGUCUUUGUCUCUCAGUACAAGUUCUUCCUUCAAUUUCUCCGAUUUACAGAAGAAGAAAUGGGAAUUUGCAAGUAAAGAAGAUGAGAUGCGAUCUUCUUCGUGCAGAGGCGAUACAAUUUGUGGGGUGGAUAAAUCUCACGUGACAGAACAACCUAGCCUACUUCUGGUGGCGCCGCCGGCUUUCCGCCAAGCCUCCGGCGGCCCCAAUUUAAGGAACUUGUCUCUAUUAGCUGAAACUAAUGGAUAUAAUAAUGGAAAUGCAUCCAACGGCAUAUCUGAUGGAGGUCAUACUCCAACGGUGGCGAUGGCCCGACGAGCAACCUUGGCCAGAUUCUUGGAGAAGCGAUUGCACAGAAUGAAUCAAGCAAGGACAUCUCAUCUGAUGGGGAAAUCACUGGGUUUAACCAACUCUGAAGCGUGUGAGACGACGAUUACCAGAAACAGCAACAAGAAGAGCAAUGACCCGAAACGAAGAUGAUGAUGAUGAUGAUGAUGAUGAUGAUGAUGAUGAUAAUGAAGAUCAGGUAAAAAACCUUACAAAAUGUCAGCAAUGAUAACUACGGUAUGCCAAAGAAUAAUCCAGCGACGCUUGCAACAGGUUAUUGGACACAAUGCAGAAAUAAUAAACCAAUUAUAGCUAUCUACAUCUUCAUUCACAUAGAUGGUUUGCAUAUGGAGUAGAGUAAGUAAUAGUAAUACCAAUUAUAGCAAGGACUUGUUGAAGACCUCCAAUAAUUGAUUACUAUUUAUUGUUGUAUAAUGUAUUGUUUAUAUAUUCAUUAUCAUUCAUAUUCUUA